AUGGGAUUGAUGCUGGGGAGUAGACCGCCGCACAAGGCUGGCAUUGGUGGCAAUGUUGGUGUACCUACAAGAUGGGUCUCUUUUUUAUGCAUUGCUAGCUUUUGCUUGGGAGUUCUUGUCAUCAACCGGCUUUGGAAUUUUCCUGAUUCAUUCAAUACGGAUAAAGAUGUUAUAUCUGUGGGUAAUCACCUGUACAGAGAUAUUCACCCUCUAAUUCCGUGUGGGAAGAAGGCAACUUUCCAGGCAGGAGACAUCCUUUCUCAAGUUUCACAAACUCAUGAUGUAAUCAUGACAUUAGACAAAAGCAUAUCUUCACUGGAAAUGCAGCUUGCUGGAGCAAGAGCAGCUAAAGCAGAAAAUGAAGAAAAAUCAGGAAAUGAACGGUCAAGUGACCGACCCAAGGCGUUCUUUGUCAUGGGUAUCAUUACAGCAUUCAGUAGCCGAAAACGCAGAGAUUCUAUUAGAGAAAAUUGGAUGCCUCAAGGGGAGGAUUUAAAGAAGCUAGAGAAAGAGAAAGGAAUUAUAAUUCGGUUUGUGAUAGGACACAGUGCAUCACCUGGUGGGGUUUUGGAUCGUGCUAUUGAUGCCGAAGAUGCACAGCAUAAGGAUUUCUUGCGAUUGAAUCAUGUAGAAGGAUAUCAUGAAUUGUCCUCAAAAACCCAAAUCUACUUUUCGAGCGCUGCUGCCAAGUGGGAUGCUGACUUUUACAUAAAAGUAGAUGAUGAUGUUCAUGUUAAUCUUGGUAUGGUAGGUUCAUUGUUGGCCCGCCAUCGGUCUAAACCUCGUGUUUACAUUGGUUGCAUGAAGUCUGGACCUGUCCUGGCACAGAAAGGGGUCAAGUACCAUGAACCAGAGUACUGGAAAUUUGGUGAGGAAGGAAACAAGUACUUUAGGCAUGCAACAGGACAAAUAUACGCUAUUUCCAAAGAUUUGGCAACCUACAUUUCUGUUAACAGACAUGUACUUCAUAGGUAUGCAAACGAAGAUGUUUCUCUUGGAUCUUGGUUUAUUGGUCUAGAUGUUGAGCAUAUUGAUGAUCGAAGCCUCUGCUGUGGGACGCCCCCUGACUGUGAGUGGAAGGCCCAAGCUGGGAACCCAUGCGCUGCAUCGUUUGAUUGGAGCUGUAGUGGCAUAUGUAAAUCGGCUGAAAGAAUGGAAGAGGUUCAUCAGAGGUGUGGUGAGGGUGAUGGAGCAAUCUGGCAUACCAGUUUCUAA